AGCCUGUGAUAGAGACGAGAGAGGACCUCUCCUGCCAAACUCGGCUCUAAAACAUCCACAUUCCUCAUCAUGGCUGCUACAGACGUUGACAUAUUUUCUAAUGAAGAGAAGCGGAACCUGAAUCUUGGCGGCCAUGUUGGAUUUGACAGCCUGCCUGAUCAGCUGGUCAGCAAAUCGGUCACACAGGGCUUCUGCUUCAACAUCCUGUGUGUGGGUGAGACGGGUAUUGGUAAGUCCACGUUAAUGAACACGCUCUUCAACACCAUGUUUGAGAACGAGGAGGCGAGUCACUACCAGAACGGGGUGUACCUGCGGCCGCGAACAUACGACCUGCAGGAGAGCAACGUGCACCUCAAGCUCACCAUCGUGGACACCGUGGGCUUCGGGGACCAGAUCAACAAAGAGGACAGUUAUAAGCCGAUAGUGGACUACAUCGAUACGCAGUUUGAGAGUUACCUGCAGGAGGAGCUGAAGAUCAAGAGAUCUCUUCAUGAUUACCACGACACCCGCAUCCACAUCUGCCUCUAUUUCAUCGCCCCCACAGGACACUCCCUCAAGUCACUAGACCUCGUCACCAUGAAGAAACUAGACUCCAAAGUGAACAUCAUCCCCAUCAUUGCCAAGGCCGACACCAUCUCCAAGAGCGAGCUGCACAAGUUCAAGAUCAAGAUCAUGAGUGAGCUGGUCUCCAACGGAGUUCAAAUCUACCAGUUCCCCACCGACGACGAAGCGGUCACGGAAAUCAACUCCUCCAUGAACGCCCAUCUUCCCUUCGCGGUGGUGGGGAGUGUAGAGGAGGUGAAGGUUGGCAACAAGACGGUACGCGCCAGACAAUACCCCUGGGGAGUCGUACAAGUUGAGAACGAGGCCCACUGUGACUUUGUGAAGUUGCGUGAGAUGCUGAUCAGGGUGAACAUGGAGGACCUGCGGGAGCAGACGCACACGCGCCACUACGAGCUGUACAGGAGAUGCAAACUGGAGGAGAUGGGCUUUAAAGACACCGACCCCGACAGCCAACCCUUCAGUCUUCAGGAGACGUACGAGGCGAAGAGGAAAGAGUUCCUGGGAGAUCUGCAGCGUAAAGAGGAGGAGAUGAGACAGAUGUUCGUCAACAAGGUCAAGGAGACGGAAGCGGAACUCAAGGAGAAGGAGAGAGAGCUGCAUGAGAAGUUUGAGCAGCUGAAGCGCAUGCACCAGGAGGAGAAGCGUAAGGUGGAGGAGAAGAGGCGGGACCUGGAGGAGGAGAUGAACGGCUUCAACAGGAGGAAGGUGGCGGCCGAGACCCUCAGCCUGCAGCAGCCGCUCAAGAAGGACAAGGACAAGAAGAAUUAAUUUAUGACAACAACAACCACCAGCUGAUCUCAGCAGCCAAGACCAGCAGCCAGCUGAGCAGGCCUGUCCAAGCCAGGGCUGACUGGUCAUCUCCUGCUCCUCAUCCUCAUCUUCCUCAUCCUCAAAUCGCCAUAGCUACGCCCCUCAGCACAGCACAGCACAGCAUGCAGCAUAAGCACAAGCGUUCUGACAUUCCGGUGACAUUCCAGUGACCUAUGACCUGUGACCUUUGUAAUGGACCAAAGACUCUUUUGGGGACCAAGACAGGAGGCAUAAAGCUGCCACGCCCACACCCUUAAGGAGGCCACGCCCACACCCACACCCUUAAGGAGGCAGAGGGCUCCUUAGCAUAACCCAGACUUAUUCUAGUCUACUCCCUCAUCUGUCUGUCUGUCUGUCUGUCUGUCUGGGUUGUGUUUUCUCAACAGCAUCAGUGCUAACCAAUUAGCAAAUUAGUUGGUUGCCUAUGGGAAAUUGCUUUACAACCAAUUAAGUUGCUAACUUAGUUAGCAUCGACACUGUCGAGAAACACACCCCUGAUUUGUUUUGUUUUUUGUUCUUGUUUUUUCUCUGUUUGUUAGCUAGUUUAACAAAUUGGACCUUUUUAUACAUUUUAUUUUUUAUUACAGCCUUUUGGUCUUAGUGUGUGACAUGCAGGCGGCUCUGUGGGUUGUGUAACUAUGUGAUUAUUAGUGUUUGCGAAGCUCCAUUUACUUUUUAUAAUGAAUACGACCCAAUAGUGGAGCCAAGCGUAGUACUGCACCCCCGCUAAUAUAAUUAUAUUUACACAAAUGAUGUGUGUUAAUGUGUAAUGUAUGCAGAAGCCCUAAAGCCAUAUUUUUAAACUGGUGAAUAACGAUGCUAAUGCGUUAAUAUGUUAGCGCCACGUUGAGCAGAGCCAAGUUAGCCCCAGAGGAAUAGCAAUAAGAGAUAUUAGCAAUAACAACAUUAGCCAUCGCUAAGACUUCAGAUCCACACACCACACCCGGGUAUCGCUAAAUAAAAUAAAACCAGUCUUGUUUAUAAGAGUCACGGUGAGUUAUAUUAAUGGUUUUUGUUUUUGUUUUAAUAAUUUGAAUAUUUCUUUCCACUGCAACCAACUUUGUUGUAGCUGUUUUUGUGUCUUAAGCUUUUGUUCAACACGUUGGGCACAUUGUAUGUCUAGAGUGUGUGUGUGUGCGUGAGUGCGUGUGUAGUGUGUGUGCACGUGGUGUAUGUAUGGGGGUGCGUGUAUUAGUGUCCACAUCAGAAGCCAGAUGGACAUGUGAUGCUAUUCUCUGUCUCACCGCUCAGGUGGGCGCAGCAUUUGAAUCAUGAUGUAUGGAAUGUGUUGAAUAUUUUUCAUAAAUAAACUUAAACCACCACAUCAGCCUGGACCCUGGCCACUGUGAAUGGGAUGACCAAGAACAAACCCCUGCAGUCAAUAUACAUGUAGGGUGACCAGACGUCCUGGUUUAACCGGGACAGUCCUGGUUUGGAGUUGUGUGUCCCAUGUCCCGAGCAAACUCUGUCGGAUCACAAAUAUGUCCCGGUUUUGGCCACCUACUAAAUUGCGCUACAUGUCUAUCAGGGUAAAUAUAUUGAAAAGAUUACAUGUUUACCCGCCACAAUUGAUGGCAGCCAGCACUUGUAUAGAAAGUCUGAAGGAGUCAGGUGCGAUUUGUCUUUCCUCACCCUGAAAUUGAUUAGAAUGCAGGAAAUUGCAUCUAAAAACGUCAUUUUUUUCUGGGGGAGGACCCCCAGACCCGCCCACCAAAUAUUGUCUUUAAGUCACGCAGCAAAGUGUCCCGGUUUUAGACUACAAAAAUCUGGUCACCUGUGUACAUGGGAUGGCCAAUAGGAGUCAAUAGGCAACGGGUAUUUCUCAAAGUCAACAGGAGUGUUCUUGCCUUGCUAGGGAGUGAGGGUAAUGUCCAUUUUUCGCGGAUUACACCAAGGACUAUCCAAUCAGGGUCGGCGCUAAAAAUGUUGGGCACCAUGAAAGAUUGAAAUUUGGGGCCCCAAAAUGACAAAUGAUGUUAUCCGCAGCCUUAGAAUCUGUAACACCUUCCAGACAUUGGUCCUCUUUUGGUGAAAGUCAGCUUUCUGUUGAUGGCAUCCACACAGCCCCAAGCCGUGCCACAUUGCUGUUUACCACCACACAUGCUUGACAGGACACCAUCUAAGGCAAAUUUGUUUAUAUUGGUGUCAUUAGAUCACAGGACAUGGUUCCAGUAACCCAUAUCCUUAGUUUGUUGGACUUUGAUGAGACCAAUACACAAAUUUGCCUUAGAUGGUGUCAAGCAUGUGUGGUGGUAAAAAGCGAUUUGUACAAAGAAAAGUGUCCCAUUAGUAGGGUUGGAAAGGGGGGUCCACGCGCACCCCCCGGCUUUUUUUACGCCACCUGAUUUUUUUGUAUCUUAGAGUGUCUACUUCAGAAUCUGCCAGGUGCCAAGCUGAAUUAAUGUCCCAUGGCCUUCAUUUUUAACCAUUUAA